UUGUUUUACAAGAAACACGGCGUUCAGAGACUUGAAGGCUUCUGGACUCAGUGAAGCAUCAUGGGAGGUGGCAGAUGGACGAGCCGACCGUGGGCCGAGCAGUGACACACACAGACACACACGGACACACACGGACACACACAGACACACAACAUGGAACAAGGCUUCAGCUUGAACACGCUGAAGAAGCUGGCAGCUGAACCGGACUACACGGACGUGACGCUGACGGCGGCGGAGCGUGUUCGGGCUCUGGGGAAGAUGGGAUGCAGCGUGGAGAUCAAUGAGGAUGUGGCGCCCAGAAGAUACUUUCGCUCUGGAGUGGAGAUGGAGCGCAUGGCGGCGGUUUACCUGGAGGAGGGCAGCCUGGAGAACGCCUACUUAAUCAGAGGUGAACUAUGAGUUUGAAGGAUGAAUAUCGUUGUGUCCUGGUGUUCGUCCUCCUGAUCUUCGUCCUCGUGCUUCUGUCUUGUGUCUCUUUAGAAGCUGCAGGAAGUUGCGUUUCCUCGGAGAGACGAGCUGAAGAAGCGUCUGGAGGAGAAAUACAGCAGACAGCACAGCGAGUACCUCAGAGCCCAGAGCCAGGCCGUGGUGGUGGGUGGGUGUGGCCAGCAGCUGCAGCGGCUCUCCCUAUUGGACGAGGACAGGAGGCGGUUCUUAGAGGAGGAGCGCCGGCGAGUCGCGGCGCUGCGACAGAUGCAGAUCGAAUCAGAACAGUUUCGCUACUUUGAGGACCAGCUGAGGCGGCAAGAGCUGGCCAAUCGGAGAGGAGAGGAGGCGGAGCAAAAGACAGUAACUCUGUGUGUGUUUGUGUUUCGCCUCCAGACGCACAAUGAGUUCGUGUUGACUCACGUCGUGAUCCCCAAACAGUCGGCCGGCCCGGAUUUCUGCGACAUGGAGAACGUGGAGGAACUGUUCAGUUUCCAGGACCAGCAGAACCUGCUGACGCUGGGCUGGAUCCAUACUCAUCCCACUCAGACGGCCUUCCUGUCCAGCGUUGACCUCCACACUCACUGUUCCUACCAGCUGAUGCUGCCGGAGGCCAUCGCCAUCGUGUGCGCUCCCAAACACAACGAUACGGGGGUGUUCCGGCUGACCGGUCCGGGGAUGUCGGAGGUUUCUGGCUGCAGACUCAAAGGUUUCCAUCCUCACUCCAAGGAGCCUCCUCUGUUCACUGUGUGUAAACAUGUGGUGGUUCGGGACUCGAAGCUCGGCCUGCUGGACCUCAGGUGACAGACAGGAGGGGCUGUCCGUCCGUUUACUGCCAGGCUUUUAUUCUGAAGGGGAAACUGUGAACCUGCUGUGUGUGUGUGUGUGUGUGUGUGUGUGUGUGUGUGUGUGUGUGUGUGUGUGUGUGUGUGCGUGUGCGUGUGUGUGUGUGUGUGUUCGUGCACCAACACUCAGAUCUCUGUGCUCUUUGCUUUGCGACGGUCCGUGCUGCUGUUCGGUGUGUUGUGUUUACAGGAAGUGACAUAGUGCCUUCUCUUGAAACCACGUGAAUGUUUCGUCCGCCUGAACUUGAACAACUGAAUCUGCUUUAAAGGAAAACUUGAAGACAAAACUAUUCUUUCUUUUAUCAAGUGAAGUAAUCGGUGUGUUGAAGCCUUUAGUCUCAGAGACGCUGUUUUCUGAAACUCCACCUUCAGUUCAUCUCCUGAACUCGAUCAGCCGCCUCUCAUUGAAGACAAAUGAAAACCUUAUUAAAGAGCAAUACGUGAAACCUGA